AUGGUCGUCACAAAAUACGUUCUGUUCGAAGGAAGUGGUAACUAUCCAGCCCCCAACGACAUGGUGAGGGUGUCAUACUUAUGCUAUCCGUGGCACGGCCAAAAUCAGCAGAGCUACCGCGAAGAGAAACAAAUUAUCAUCCCCGGAGAUCACAGUUUUAAAGAAUUCCGUAUUGGGGACAAAAUUGUUCCUUCUGGUAGACUUAAUGAGGGCAUCUCUAAUAUGAGGCCUGGUGAAAGAAGCAUGCUCGUUAUCCCUAGUGGCAGCGCAUAUGGUGAUAACAUCGUCCAUUUAGAGAGUAUUACCCGGGAGAAGCCCAGUUCGGGGAUAUAUGGCUGCACUUUCAAAGGUUGCUUUCGCCUCUUCGGUAGUUUCGAUUCAUGGGUUGCCCAUGAAAGCAAAAACCACUCUGUACGACAGAUCUGGCGGUGCCCCGUGGGUAUUGAAAGUGGAAAAGAAUGUGCGAGACUUUUUGAACGUCCCCAGGGGUUUAGGCAGCAUCUAAAGCAGGGCCAUAACCUUGAAUCAGAGGACGCGUUUGUGAAUAUCUGCUAUCUUGGAGGUGAUUAUCAGCGUCGGUUCUGGUGUGGCUUCUGCGAAAAGGCUUAUCCAAUGGCGAAAGAGGGGUUUGUAGCAAUAGCUGGGAGACACAAGCAUGUCGGUAGUCACUUUGAAAACGGGCAGAGUAUCACGGAGUGGGUGGAUGCCGGAGGUCACAAGCCAAAUUGGGCCAGUGCUUCUGACGGAGUAUUUGAAGUUGUUGGUUCUCCCCCGUUUGAGUGUGCGAUUCUUAAAGAGGGGGUGAUAUCCAAGGCUCGGGCUAUUGCAUGUUAA